AUGACUGAUGAGGCAGCCCCAACAAACCCCUGCUGCUCAGAGCCAUGCCAGAACAGGGGGGUCUGCACAGCCAUGGGUUCAGAUAAUUAUGAAUGUGACUGCACACGCACUGGAUUUUAUGGACAAAACUGUACAACACCUGAAUUCCUCACCUGGAUAAAAGUUUCCCUCAAGCCUUCGCCCAACACUGUUCAUUACAUCUUGACUCACUUCAAAGGAUUUUGGAACAUCAUCAACAGCAUCUCAUUCCUAAGAGAUGCCAUUAUGAAAUAUGUGCUGACAUCUCGAUCCCAUAUGAUCGACAGUCCUCCCACUUAUAAUGCUGAUUAUGGAUACAAAAGCUGGGAAGCCUAUUCUAACCUAUCCUACUAUACUCGUGCCCUUCCGCCUGUACCUGAGGGUUGCCCAACCCCUAUGGGAGUAGUAGGUAAAAAGGAGUUGCCUGAUGUUAAGGUUUUGGCUGAGAAGCUCUUGGUGAGACGGCAGUUUAUUCCAGACCCGCAGGGAACCAGCUUGAUGUUUGCGUUCUUCGCGCAGCACUUCACGCACCAGUUCUUCAAAUCUGAUAUGAAGAACGGACCUGCUUUUACCGUGGCUAAAGGGCAUGGGGUGGAUCUUGGGCACAUUUAUGGCGAAAACCUGGAGAAGCAACACAAACUCAGGCUUUUCAAGGACGGCAAGCUAAAAUACCAGAUACUAAACGGAGAGGUUUAUCCACCACUGGUUAAGGAUGUGGGUGUUGAAAUGCACUACCCACCACACAUCACAGAGUCUCAGCGCUUCGCUGUUGGCCACGAGGCUUUCGGCCUGGUCCCCGGUCUCAUGAUGUACGCCACCAUUUGGCUUCGUGAACACAACAGAGUGUGUGACAUUUUGAAGGAAGUUCACCCUGACUGGGAUGACGAAAGACUCUUCCAGACGGCUCGGCUCAUCCUUAUUGGCGAGACCAUCAAAAUUGUGAUUGAGGACUAUGUUCAGCACCUGAGUGGAUAUCACUUCAAACUCAAGUUCGACCCAGAGCUGCUGUUCAACCAGCGCUUCCAGUACCAAAACCGCAUCGCAUCCGAGUUCAACACCCUGUACCACUGGCAUCCGCUGAUGCCUGACAGUUUCCACAUUGAGGAGAGGGAUUACAGCUACAAAGAGUUUGUCUUCAACACCACUGUGGUGACAGAGCACGGCAUCAACAACCUUGUUGAAUCAUUUUCCAAGCAGAUUGCAGGACGGGUUGCUGGGGGUCGGAACGUCCCGGGAGCCAUCCUGUAUGUGGCAAUCAAGUCCAUCGAGAGCAGCAGACAAAUGCGUUACCAAUCUCUUAAUGCCUACAGGAAGAGAUUCUCCAUGAAACCUUACACUUCCUUUGAAGACAUGACAGGAGACAAAGAAAUGGCCGCCAUAUUGGAGGAGCUGUACGGCGAUGUUGACGCCGUGGAGCUUUACCCAGGGCUGCUGGUGGAAAAGCCCCGACAGAACGCCAUCUUUGGGGAGACGAUGGUGGAAAUGGGGGCUCCUUUCUCCCUCAAAGGCUUGAUGGGGAAUCCAAUCUGCUCCCCGGAGUACUGGAAGCCCAGCACCUUCGGAGGCGCAGUCGGCUUCGACAUCGUCAACACCGCCUCGCUGCAGAGGCUCGUCUGCAACAACGUUCGGGGUCCCUGUCCGGUGGCAUCCUUUUAUGUGCCCGAUGUCAAAGACACUGGAUCGAUGACCAUCAACUCCAGCACGUCUCACUCGCGCAGCAGUAACAUCAACCCCACAGUCAUUCUGAAAGAAAGGACUUCUGAACUCUAGAUGCUGAUUUUUUUUUAAAAUAGAGAUCUUUAAAAAUUGUAUUUAUUUAUUUAUUUUUAUAUUUAUAAUGCUUAUGUAUUUAAGAUUUCUAAACAGAGUUUACAUUGUCAUAGUUGAAUAACGGUAGUUCAGUGGGUGAAAUGGACGUACAGGGAAGUUCAAACCCCAUCAACACCUCCUUUCUCUGCAAAUCACACAAUUCUAAACUUCCACCAUAAAAGAGGCGAAUCCAAACAACGCCCCAAAUUGACCACAAUUCGGGGCGUUGCUUUAAUUCGGGAUGUUGCUUUAUUUGGUUCUGGCCUGUACUUUUGUCCCACCCCGGGUGGAUGGGUAUGAAGUGUCGACUGCUGGGCCGCUGACAGGACCGGGGAGGAUUGGUUGCACUGUAGUCGACCAAAAUUCUGAACGAUUUAGAAAUUCCCCCUGGACAUUUUUUUAGGUAUAAAAAGUAGGACAUGUCAGGGAAAAAGAGGACGUCUGGUCACCCUACCAUAUCAACAACCCCUUUAAAAAGAAAGUUAUUUUAUAUUUAUGUUUUGUCUCUGCUGUUUUUUUAGUAUUUAUUAAAUAAGUUAUUGUUUUGUUUAAGAAAAAAACUGUCCUUUACUGUAAUUUACUGUAAUACUUGAAGUAGUAGGCCGUGAACCACAGAAUCCUAUUCAUUACAUUCCUUAUUUUUCCCUUAGAAUAAUGCUUGUUUCCCCACAUACUUUUCUACACAUUGACCUACAACUGGAUGAUUUACAAAGCAAUAGUCAUUGUCAUUCUUUUUUAUACUGUUAUUAAGAUUUUUUUUUUUUUUUUUUUAUAAUAAAACCUUGUGUCUGUGUCUAAGCUGCAAACAUCUGGAGUGAAUUGUCAUCUACAGUAAGAAGAUUGUAAG